CCCAAAUCGCUCAUCUUCGCAUCAAUCCCGCUCGUUCAAAGUUUCAGUCACGAUGUCUCUGCCCCAAGUACCAGUCUACGAUAAAUCGGAUCCCCGAGCGGGCGAGCCCCCCAUCGUUCCCUUCCACGUACCUCGGCAUUGGGAGGAAACCUCGGACUACUUUGGUACUAUCGCUACUACUCUGGGAGGACUGGCCAUGGUUGGGAAACAACCCAUGGCUGCUUGGCUGGCCAUCGCCGCGGCCAUGCUGGGAGUGAUGAACGCUCGACCUCUUACGGAGAAGAAGGACAAGACGGGUCAGAGUACGGCUAGCUCGCCAUGGGGCGCUUUGGCAAUGGGGGUCGCGGGUCUGCUUGGAACUUAUGUCCCCAGAGUCAUGAUGCCGCCUCAGCCUCCUGCAUCGAAGCAGUGAGCGUGUCGGCUUUGGCAGCAUUUCAUAUCGAAGGAA